AUGGAUAAGAAGACGGACGUGGAGGUUCAUGGAAUCCACGUCCGGAAGGUUCUUACACUUAUGCGAGAGCAUAAGUUGUUUGCGAACCUCAAGAAGUGUAUCUUCGCAGCGAACGAGAUACCACUUCUUGGCUGCAUCGUGGGUAAAAACGGUGUACGCCCUGAUCCGGAAAAGAUCAAGGUGAUUAGCGACUGGCCUGUGCCAGUCGACGUCAAGGGACUUCGAAAGCUCCUUGGUUUGGCGGCGUACUUGCAUAAGUACUUGCGCAAUUACGCCGAGAUGACAGACAGACCAUUCCAUGUGGUCUGUGACGCCAGCGAUUUUGCAAUCGGCUGUGCGUUAAUGCAGUACGACUCAGACGGCGUUGAGGACGUCGUCUGA